GAUAUCAAGAUUCACGACUAGCCUCCAGAGAUCAUGUUUGCUGAAUCCUUUAGCGCUUUUCUUUGGUUCAAGCUCUUGAGUUUCGGAGUAAGCCUUGGAGUUCGCGUCUGGUCUGAGAACGACAACCCUUACGACGCGUGCGUAGACGCUGCAUCAGGCGAGGUCUAAAAAAUAUUCACGAUGUUUUUACCUCUCUCGCAGCAGGCUGCAUCAUGGCACCUCCCUGCUUUCCGCUUUCGCCCAUCUGCUGUCCCCAGAGUUGCUCUAUUCUCGCAACUUUCGCAGUGAGUUCUGACGCCUAUUAGCUCCUUUAGCCUCUUGUCCAUUCGCCUAUUUCGCCCAUUAAUUGGAACCACUUCUGGUCCACGUCGAUGGAUCCUUCGGUACAUAAUUUUAUGAUUCCGCGCCAUCCACACCAAGCUACCUGCGACGGCCACUCCGCAUGGCAUUCUUCCCGAUCCUUUCCCCAGCGCUAUCUGUUAAUUAUGUCACAAUUCAGUGGAUACCUUAGCCCAUUCCUUGGUCACCUGUCCAGUCCUCUGGUCAGUCUAGACUCGUACUUGGAACCCCUUUUUCAGUGUGAUCCGGAAGCCACGGUCGUGGUUGCUUUUCUCACGUCACUCGACUGGAAUUUACUUUCCAUCAUACUCCUAACACAAAUACACUACGACUAUCCACUGCACUUUUCUGGCUAUUUGGCGCGCCUACUGUGCCUUCAUUUUCGAUGCUGUUCCUUUCCAAACCGAUCUUGUUACUCGUUCUGCUUGAUCCAGACACCUUCGACUGAGGCUAACACCCCCGUCGCCUUUCCAUUUCUUCCGUCUCUGUACUGACUGAUGGCCGCGAAUCCAUGCCUUGUCCUAAGAUAAUGAUGAAGUGGGAACUGCUGAUCGUAUGCAACCAUUUAAAAAAUUGAGAAGCAGUCGAAAAUGAUCCUGGCACAUGGUUACCGGUGUGGACUUGUUAGGUAUGGCGCUGGGAGGAAGCGGUUCACAACCCUUUCCAUUUGCAUGAUAAAUGAGCUCAG